AUGCCUGCCACUAGUGAUGCUGCAAAGACGGCAUCAUCUGUGACUAAGCCAGUAGUGGACGGGUACGCCCCGGGUACUGUUGUAGCUGUGGGGAAUCAACAGGUGGAAAUAAUAAGUUUUAUUGCUGAAGGUGGAUUUGCCCAGAUUUAUUCGGUGAAAUACAUCAAAUUUUUGGGUGAAUUUAAUAAUGGUAGCAAGGCGCCACUUCAACCUGGGGACAUUGCAUGUCUGAAGAGGGUAUUGGUACCUGAUGAAAAUGGACUUUCGGAAAUGAGAAAUGAAGUGGAAGUGAUGAAGCAGUUAAGAGGAGCCAAGGCUAUCAUACAGUACUACGAUUCGAAUGCGAGUAGAAGAACUUCCGGGCAAGUUGGUUAUGAGGUUUUACUGCUAAUGGAAUUGUGCCCGAAUAAUUCUCUUUUAGAUUAUAUGAACCAAAGGUUAGCUACCAGAUUGACAGAAAAGGAGAUUUUAAAGGUCAUGUACGAUACGACUUUGGCAAUUUCUCAAAUGCAUUAUUUGCCGAUACCUUUGAUCCAUAGGGAUAUUAAGAUUGAAAAUGUGUUGGUAGAUGCCCAGAACAAUUUUAAACUAUGUGACUUUGGAUCAACAUCAACAUGUUUCCCAUUAGUGACAACGCAUCAAGACAUUGCCAUUUUAACUCAAAACAUCUAUGUGAAUACGACUCCUCAGUACAGGUCACCAGAAAUGAUAGAUCUUUAUAGAUGUUUGCCCAUUAAUGAAAAAUCUGAUAUAUGGGCACUGGGAAUCUUCCUUUACAAAUUGCUUUUUUUUAUUACACCUUUUGAAAUGACUGGUCAAUUUUCCAUUUUACAUUCCAAAUAUGAAUUUCCAGCUAAUAAAUAUUCAUCCAAAUUGAUCAAUCUGAUUAUUAUCAUGUUAGCGGAAAAUCCAUAUGUGAGACCAAACAUAUAUCAAGUCAUGCAUCACAUCUGUAGCGUCAUUGGUUGUGAAGUCCCUAUUGAAGAUAAAUAUGGGUUAGGACCUUACAAUUUUGAAAAAUACACAGAAUUUCAAACUAAAUUACAAAACGUUCAAUAUCAAAUGUAUCUAUUGCAACAAAAGAAACUGGAAAAUAAUGGACGUCUCAAUGCAGUGGAAGAGAAACUUUUGAACGAUUUACUAAUUACAUCUUUUGAAGUUUCCUCCAAGAUUCCAGCGGAAGUUGGUCUACAUCAACAACAACUACAACAACAACAACAACAGCAGCCAAUGAAGUCAAAGGAAAGUGUUAGUUCCUCCGAUGAAUUUUCAGAUCAUAGGAAAAGUGUUUUUUCAAGUACAAAACCUUCAAGAAAUCCAUCAAGUGCAAGUAGAAAAAAUCUGCCAAGUAAUGAAUUUGAAAAUGAAUCAGAUGCUAAUUUAGAUGCUGAACCUAAACAAUUUGCGUCUGUUUCUAUGACAGAUAGAGAUUCACAUUUCAGCCCGCCAAAUCAAAGGAGUAUGAGUUCAUACUCCUCAGGUAAAUCCUUAUCAGGUGGUCCGCCAAUACAAGAUGUUAAAUAUUCGGAUAUAUUAGCCGUUGAACAAACAGCAAGGUCGGAACAAUCUCCAGGUAUUAUUAAACAGCAUAAAUCCAAUAAUCCUUUUCCCAUGAUGGCUCAAGGAUUCGGUCAGGGACAACCAGGACCGUUGUCAUCUUCAGGUACACCAAUGGGAGCUGCUCCGGUGGCUCCUGCUGCUCCUGUUCCUCAGGCACCUGGUCCGAUGCCAAUUCCUGGUAACGCUGGUGCGCUCCCCGGGGGCGCUGGUGGUGUUAACGUUGCCCCUAGAGGAACUCCAAUUUCAAUUCAGCCUGAACUUGGUAGUAGACCUGAAUAUUUUGUGGAUGCCCACUCGCCAGCUGAUGACUCUCAAUUCACUAUUUCACAACCACAACCGCAAUUACCACAGGUGGGCCCCGUACCACAGGCUCAACCAAAAAUGAAUUUUAAUCAAAAUAUGUUUUACCAACAUGUGGAUUCACCAGUAUCUGUACAGGGACAAGCACAACCAAUUCCACUUAAAAAGAUUUCUGAUGUACCUCAACCACAAUCACACAUGAGAUUUAACUAUCAAGUGCCUCCACAGCAACCUCAAUCUGGUACCUCGCCUUAUUAUCCAUCCCCUUCUGUGGGACCAAAUGCUUCGUUGUCAGCUCAGAAUCCCAUGUCACAAAUUGCUUUACAACAGCAACCACAACAACAGGUGCCAAGACCUUUGCCAUCACAACAACAAGCAAAACAGGGGUUUGUACCUGCACCACAGCAUCAUCAUCAACAACAACAACAACAACAGCCGCCGGUGGAACAAGUUAGACAACUACCUCAACAUGCAACUACCGUUGAUUCAUCUGAUUUAGUACAGCCACCGGAGAAUCCACCGCCAAAACCACCACAUCCGAAGACAUGGCAGGAUUACCAAAGUCAUGACGGUCUAGAUUUAAAGCAAUCAUUGCAUAAAAGAGGCGGCAGUGAUCAUAGACCAAAAACGGAUUCACCCCAAUUAGAGAGAACUCCGAGUAAAAACUUGGAUUUAAGCUACGACGAAUUCGAUCUAAACUCCAACGACCCACCAAAGCCAAUAUCACAUAUAAAACGCGAUACAUUCGAUUCUGCGAGUACAGUAAGUAGUACGGCGUCGAGUGAAAGUAUUCAAAUUGAUCUAGAUGAUGCAAGAAGAGAAAGAGAUAGAACUCAACAACCACCGGCGAGCAAUGAGAAAUUGACCCAACCACCUGAAAAACCCAUUCGUCAAACCAUCGAUUCGAGUACCGGAAGCUUACGUCGAUCACUAGAUUUAAAGUAUCAAGAGGUUCAUUUUUCAUCGCCAGAAACCCAAAGACCACCGACAAAAGAAGCGACAAGGAGACAAGAUGUAGCUGACCCACCUAGAAGACCGCAUGGCGAUAUUCGUAGGCACAGCAACAACAAUGCAAACAGUAACAACGACAACAACAACAACAAUAGUAACAACAAUAACAGUAACAGUAACAACAAUAACAAUACUACUAAUAAUGGUACAAGCGCAGGUAGUGGCAGCGCUAACGCGGGCGGAACAAGUUCUAAUGCCGGUACCAAUGCCAGCUCCGGAUCACCCCCAUCACUGCAAAACAACGACUUAGACAGGUAUAAGAAUGCACACAAGAAUAGCAGCAAUACUAGCGUUAACGCUAGUGGUCCAGCAAGCGGAAGCGGUGGUGGAGAAGUGAGAAGGUCAUUUGCUAAAGCACGCCAAUCCUUAGAUCUUGAAAAGAUUCGUAAGGAGGCAGUAAAGGGAGAAGCAGCCUUAUCAGCGAAGAGAAGAUCAAUUUUUUCUGUCUUUAGAGGACCUGAUAAGAAAAAGGAAUAA